AUGGGUUCCACGCCUCAAGCCAUUCCGCGGGUCUACACCGUGGCAAUUCUCGAAUGUGACACGCCCAUCGAGCCGGUUGUGAAGCAGUUUGGCUCGUAUGGAGACAUCUUUGAACGGUUUUUGAGAAAUGGGCUGGCCAAGUAUCUGAAGCAUACUACCGUAUCUCAAGAUGUGGAUCUUCAAUUAAUUAAGAGUAAUAUGGUGGAUUUGGGGGAUCUGCCAGCUUUUGAUCAAGUUGACUGUCUCCUUCUCACUGGAAGUAAACACAACUCGUUCGAAGAUGACCCCUGGAUUCUACGGCUUGUUGACUACAUCCGUACUGCAUACCAGACGACCAAAAUACCAAUUGUUGGGAUAUGCUUUGGCCAUCAGAUCAUUUCUCGAGCUCUAGGUGGUGUCGUACAGCGUAAUCCCAAGGGAUGGGAGGUGUCCGUUGACCACAUCGAUCUCACACCAAAGGGCCGCGAGCUCUUUAAUUCCGCAUCAAUAGAUCUUCAUCAAAUGCAUCGAGAUGCAGUCCUCCAACUCCCAGAGGGAGUUCAAAACCUCGGAACGAGUCCAGUCUGCGGCAUUCAAGGGUUAUAUGCACCAGGGCAAAUAUUCUCCCUACAAGCACACCCAGAGUUUAAUGGGGUGAUCAUGUCGGAGAUUCUUACACUGAGGCGGAGCCAAAACGUUUUUGAUAAAGAAAUGUUUGAGAGUGCCAUGUCGAGGGCUAAUGCUCAUCAUGAUGGAGCCAUGGUUGGAGAGGCGGUUUGGAAGUUUCUAAUGGAGGGCUGA